CUCCUCUCUCCCGCGCCAUCCGCCCGUGAUCUCUGCUCGCGCUGAGCGCCGCCGCCGCCGCGAGGUGCGCUCCGCGAGGCCGCCGGACCGCCCCGAUGGAAAUACACUGUAAGCACGACCCGUUUGCAGCAAUGCAUAGACACGGAGGUGUGAACCAGCUGGGGGGCGUUUUUGUGAAUGGCCGCCCCCUGCCCGACGUCGUCCGGCAGCGGAUCGUGGAGCUGGCGCACCAGGGGGUGAGGCCGUGCGACAUCUCCAGGCAGCUCCGCGUCAGCCACGGCUGCGUCAGCAAAAUACUCGGCAGGUAUUAUGAAACCGGGAGUAUUAAGCCUGGAGUGAUUGGAGGAUCAAAACCAAAGGUCGCCACACCCAAAGUUGUCGAAAAAAUUGCAGAGUACAAACGCCAAAAUCCCACCAUGUUUGCCUGGGAGAUCAGGGAUAGACUUCUUGCGGAGCGAGUGUGUGAUAACGACACCGUGCCCAGCGUCAGUUCAAUUAACAGGAUCAUACGGACAAAGGUUCAGCAGCCGCCCAAUCAGCAAGUCCCAGCCUCCAGUCACAGCAUAGCCUCCACAGGCUCUGUUACCCAGGUGUCCUCUGUCAGCACUGACUCCGCCGGCUCGUCCUACUCCAUCAGCGGGAUCCUGGGUAUUGCCUCGCCCGGCACCGAGAGCAACAAGCGCAAGCGCGAUGAAGGUAUUCAGGAACCUCCAGUACCCAAUGGCCAUUCUCUCCCAGGUCGAGAUUUUCUUCGGAAACAGAUGCGCGGAGACCUAUUCACCCAGCAGCAGUUAGAAGUGUUGGAUCGGGUCUUCGAGAGGCAACAUUAUUCUGACAUUUUCACAACAACAGAGCCCAUCAAACCAGAGCAGGCAACUGAAUACUCAGCCAUGGCAUCAUUAGCUGGAGGACUGGAUGACAUGAAGGCCAAUAUAACCAGCCCUACUUCUGCAGAUUUAGGAGCGAGUGUUCCUGGACCACAGUCGUAUCCUAUUGUAACAGGUCGCGAGCUGGCAAGCACAACCCUCCCAGGAUACCCGCCGCACGUCCCCCCUGCUGGACAGGGCAGCUAUUCCGCCCCUGCGCUGACGGGAAUGGUGCCUGGGAGCGAGUUUUCUGGCAGCCCGUACAGCCACCCGCAAUACUCAACGUACAACGACUCCUGGAGGUUUCCCAAUCCCGGACUUCUGGGCUCUCCUUACUACUACAGCGCUGCAGCCCGUGGAGCAGCCCCCCCCGCAGCCGCUGCUGCCUAUGACCGCCACUGACCUCGGACCCAAGGCUGGAGCACUUACUGCAAAAUACCACCUGGGACAACUGCAUUGAGUCACCUUGCUACAACCAUGCAAGUCACCCUGCAAGGGAGGAAGAAAGUAUACAGUAGGAACAAGCUAAUUGAAAUUUCACUCUUAAGACUCCGCAAACUUAACAUUGUUGUUUUCUUAAUUCUGGUGAUGUCGUCUGGGUCUCAAGUGAAGCAAAGAAGUAGGAGGACGUGGUUCUCCUGGCACAUCAUGCGGUCAUAGAAAUGCAGUAGUUCCAUGUUGUUUGCAGCCGUCUGGCUACUGCUUUAAUCGCUGUGGGUACCACGGCUGUAACUGGGGAUAAGGAAGAGAUGUGGGCCUCCCUGUGCGGGAUAGCUUCCUCUUACUGCACACUGAGACAGGCUGUGAGACUCAACACAAGCAUUUUUAUUAUUAUUAUUAUUUUUUUGUUUGUUUGUGGCAAAGAAAGAUCAGUCUGCUCAACUUUACACAAGCAGCACUGUAAAUACUUGCUUGUUUGUACUGCUAUGAGAGUGACUUAGCUUAUGCUAAGCUUAUGCAGCAACAUUGUACAAAUCUAGGCUCAAAAUGCAUCUAAAAAUGUGUUUUGAAACUGGUGCACUGAUUCAAAGAAUUCAGUAAGCUUUAAGCAACUUUGAACCAGGUUAACACUCAUUGUGGCUAUAUUUCAGGCUGAUGUUACUGCUGUACAGCAUCCUAUCCAGCAGUUGUGUGUGAUCACGCUCUAUGCUGGUACCAAACCCAUGGGCAACAGAAAGACGCGGGCAAUUUUGUCACAGUUUAUUGCCCAGUAUUCAUUUGUGUUCAUCUGUCAUCAUCAUGAGCGCUGAAACAAAUUCUCUGGUUUCAAGUUAAACAGCAUUCAAGAAGGAAUACUAGUAGACACCUUAUGUACAUCUCAAUAGGUCGUCUGCUAAAACCCAAUUGUGGGCACCCUGAGAGAAAGGGGGAACAAGCGACCAUAAUGAUUUCUGUGAAGUGGACGUGUUGACCAGAGUAUGCUGAACACAUGGGCAGCCAUGCCUGCUUUCUGAGGCAUGCUGGUCGGGGGGGGUCUGUCCACUUCAGUGAAGGCAUCUCAAGUCACUCUAACAACAUGGAGGAGAGCAAUUUUGAAUUCAGGACUCAAGUCACAGAGAACUUUGCCCCAUUAAUCCUACAUUUCUUCCCCUCCUAUUCAAGGAGGGAGCACUAACGGUGACAUUUCAUUCAGUGCUCACUGCUUCCUGGGGCUAUUGAGAGCAGCUUACAAAUGACCUGGUGAGCAAUGCACCAACCGUUGCAUUUUCCAGGAAACUGGGAAAACUGUCAAUUUCUGCCCGUGCCCUCCAGCACCAGUCCCAGGUGCAGCUACCUUUGGCCAUGCAUUAUGGUGUGCAUGUGCCCGGCCACUCCUGGAAGCAAGGGGAGAGCUGAUCUUGCUGAGACCAGACUCAGCUGCAGCCUCUGACUGCACAGUGACCACACCAGCCAUGCUUCCUGCACUGAUCAGCACCGGCACCGCAACGAGACCCGUCUGUGUUUGCCUGUGUGCUUCCCAAAGCUGAAAAGGGAUUGCUGGCGGUGUCCCAUGAAUGAACAAUCAAGUAUUAAGUAUUUGCUUCCGGUUUUACAAGUAUUUCUUUGAAAUUGCAACUUCUGAGUGAACGUUCCUCUCUGUUCUCCUCGCUGCCAGCUCCUUGCCUCCUGUGCAGCGCAUGCCUGCCAUCAGUGAGCACUGACCCUGUCAGACGGUCUCCGUGUGUUCCCCAGCCUCAGUGGCACGUUUUGUACAUUCUCAUGCUACAAAAACACAGCCGUCAGGUUCAGGGUUCCACGCUAGAUGUUCUCUGGUCCUCAAAAGCCAUGAAGAUACCUAGGUCCCAUUGGCUUAAAUGGUUUUCCUAAUCCAGAAUUUAAUUCUGUGAGCAUGCGACAAACCUACCUGCAAGAAAAAUCAUCCUUUUCAUUUUUCAGCAUUUGAUACCUGAAACACAAAGAUGCACACGCGUUUUUAAUUGGAACGCACAGACACAUAAUUGACCUGGGGAAGCCUUUCUGAAGCGUUGCUUUGGUGUCAUCCUUUCUCAGUUGUCAUGACUGUUUGCACCCCAGUGGUAAAGCUGCAAAGGGGGGGAGUGGCUGUGUGGGGUUUCUCCACACAUGCUCUUGACUGAGGCGUGCACAUCACAUGCAGAGGCAUAUCCUGAACACACUUGCCUUUCCUGCAUGCUUGAAAAAUUAAAAGGACAUCUGACACUGGAUGAAGAGGCAAGAAACAAACAUCUGGCAGUAUAAUAUGAGGGUGUGGGUUGUGGCCCCAAAGGAGAGGUGGGGAUGAGCUAUAUGAGCUACAGAGACUCCACUUGACCAGUGGUCAAACUGGUCUCAAAGCUUGUGCUUGUGUCUUUCCAGUGCAGGAAGAGCAGCUCUUGUUGAUUAUGUGUAUAUGCUUUCACCAAUUCUGAGUACUAGCCAGCAAAUGUUUUUAAAAAGUUUUUUUAAUACCCUGGUGGUAAAUGACAUAUGUGGCUUUAAUUUGGGUAACACUGAGACGGCUGAACAUAAGACAUGAAACUUCAACAGAUGUUGUUACGCUCAGGACAGAGACUCUUUUAGUUAGGCUACGGACUUAUGAAAAGCAUGGUAUGUAUGUGGGUCGCUCCAAAAGUAAUGCCUCCUAUUUAUUCCCAUGGAAACUACAACAGCUAUAAGGAGCACAAUAACACUGUUUCAUACAGCAAAUUCUCAGCUACAAAACACUAUCUUUCAACACAGUCACCACCACUAACCAAUUUGAGUGGUUGAGCAUAUUGAUAGACUCUUCAUUUUGUGGUGUGACAGCUAUGCAUAGCUAUUCAGAACAUGGCUUGUCUUUCAAGUCAGUGUCACUACUGCUGCAGUGCAAAACCCACUGCUUCACUGUGCUCACACCCACUCUUUGGUCUCCUUAGAUGUUCAGCAAGUGUCUAUGAAUGUCAGUUGCUGCACUUUUUUUUUUUUUUUUGCAUGGAAGAAUUCAGUGACACAGCUUUGCUUCAUAUGCACUUCCAUGUCAGACAUCAUUUUGUCAGAGUGUGCCUCUGCUGCUGUCUGUCUCAUGGCAGCAUAAUGGAACAGAAUUUUGGUAGGAAUGUUCAACCUCUACUGCUGUAUCACCGACAUCCACCUCUGAUGUCGUGGGCCAACAUAAUAAAAUAGGAGGCUUUACUUUUGGAGCAGCCCUCAUACAUUUCAUCCCAAGGACAUAUGCAUGCCUGUGGAUUAAAUGACCUAAGGUGCUUAGACUCAGCCCUGAUUUACCGUAGUGCUUCACCAGGAAUCCAUAAGGGUUGGUCCUUGGCCAGAGUUGUCUUGCAGUGCAUGGUGGCUUCCAUCCAGUGAGCCACAGCCUGGGAGAAGGGCAGAGGAGGUGCAGACACGCAGGCCUUGCACAGGUCCUCCCUCUGCCUGUGCACUCCAGCUCGUAGCCAUGGAGAUGAACCACAGACGCUCUCCCUUGCACAUGUACAGCAGGGACCUGUGUCUGGUCCACCUCCCUCAAGCACUGCUGAGGAUCCCUCCAGAUGUGGCUCUUUUAUAUGUGCUAGGGUUGUUUCUCUGCAAGAAACACAAGCAGGAUUUUACUCGCUAAGCAUGCAUGCCAUCCAUGCUACUAGGCAACACACUUGUCAGUGCUUUCUGUUUUUGAGAAUAACACAGUCAGCUGUGCAUGUGCCCUCUCCAACAGCCAGCUACUCUGCUACAGGCCUGGCUGAGAGGUUGUGAGCAAGGCCCUCGAUGUGCACGCUGUGUUCACUUGUGCUGCCUGCAGAGGAGGAUGUUGAAUGAAGUGGAAGCUGUAAGCGAGUGACCUCUAGGUGUUGAAAAGGAUGGGGACGUGAUGAGUACCAUUAUUAAUCUGCUGAGGCUGGUUCAGUUUUUUCUGGAUUAGUUUCAUGGGUCAUUUUCACCCACCCAGAAACACUGAUGCUUGGGGCAUGGCAGGCGCUGCUCUUGUUUGGUUUGGGCGGGAUGUCCUGUAGCGUGGCACAUCGUUACCAACCCCUUGCAGAAGUCAGUCCCGCAAAGUGCCUUCAGGCAGUUCCACCACUGAGCUCUUUCAAGCAGCUGGAUGGAUGGUUUUUCAGUAGCAUGUGCUCCAGCAAUAGCUUGCCAGCACAGACAGGCCUAAAAAUAAAGGCUGAGAGGUGGAGAGAGAAGAUACUGACGUAAGACUGAAACAGCAGAGACCAUGAGCUGGUGUUACACAAACUGUCUUGUUGAGGGAACCCUUGGUUCUGUGCUGUAAAUGUAGCCAUGAAGAAGUCAUGGUGUGGGCACUGAGUUUAGCAUUUAUGCCCAAAGUUUUGACUACAGAGGCACUGUUGUAAGCUGGCACCCAUCGCCUGCAGAUUUAAGCACAGCUCAGGACAGGAUCCCUAGAAUAAAGUCUUUGUUAGCUAUCAGGUCAGAAAAACGCUCCAGGAUCUGAGGCCGUGAGGUCAGAGAGCAAGUGUUUCAUUCAGAAACGUGGAGAUGUCAAAGUAGAACUUUCAGGAAUGGUGGGACUGCAGGCUCUGCGGAGAACCUUGGUGUUGUGGGGUGGUGUGAAGGGGACAGCAAAGGAGGAAAGAGCACCAGGGGGAGAAAAAAGAAAGAAAAAAGAACGACAGAGGAGAGACAAGCUGAAAGGAACAUGAAGUUCAUCAGAGAACUGCUGGACUUCUGUAAUCUUUCUGCUAACGUUCUGUAGCUGAGCUCUGUAGCACAAUAAGUUGCAGCGGCUGUGUGUUGUGGAGGGUGCAGAGGAGUUCACUUGCUGCACUGCAGAGUACUGGCAGCUGCUCUCUGUUGAUACACAUUCUGCCAUGCACUGCCUUGACUCAUGGGACUGUAUUCUAUCUUAAAAUUUUCUUUAAUUUCUUUUCUCUUCUACAAGUCCUUUAUCAUGAAAGAAAAUUGAAGCCAUGCUAUGAUGUUGCUUAUUUCCAAGCACGACUAUCCAAUAGUUCUAAGUGCUAUGGCACACAGCCCAGUUAACUUGUCGGGUUGGCAUCUGGGGCAGUGUAGAGGCUUCAGUAAAGUGUCCUCCGUGGUGCUGCAUUCUUUCCUGCGUGUAUAUGCACGUGUGUGUAUCACUGGGACAUUUGUGACCAUGGUCCAUGAUGGGAGCACAGCAUUAAACUCGACCCGUCCUGUGACUCUGUCCCUGCACUGCUGGGAAAACCUGCUUCUGCUUAUGGAUUCACUGAGAAAAUGACGAGAGCUCUGGAUAGCCAGCAGCUCCUGGGCUGUGCCCUGCAGUCUCGUGCAGAGCAAAAGCAGUGCCAGGUUGCGCUGCUUGCAGUGGCACAGGCGCUGGCUCUCGUUCUGAUCCCCAGCAGUCACUCUGCAGUGAAGGUAAAGAGCUGAGUGGCAGUGAAUGGCUCGAGACUCCAGCAAAAGAACUGCUGUGCCCCUCAGACAGAAACACACUUGAUUAAAAACAAGUAGUAUUUCUUUUCUGGUGGAGCUAAUCACAGAAUCACAGAAUCAUGAAGGUUGGAAAAGACCUCUAAGAUCAUCUAAUCCAACCAAAAACAAGACUUGGUGUGCAAAUACGGAGCAAAAAGCAUCUUCAUGAGGUGCCUGGUGCAAGCCAAGCGUUGUACCAGCAUGGCAGCGAGUCUGAGUGCACAUGUGGAGACUGAUGCACACACCUGUGUGCACUUGUAGGCCCAUGCGCACCUCCCGGGCUCUGGGGAGUGGGGAUGGAGGCAGUGCCUGCUGACAGCCUUCCCAUGCAGCUCGUGACCGCACUACUGGACUCCUGUGUCCAGAUUUUUCUACCCUCACCUUGUAAAUCGAGAUGGAAAAAUGGUCAGUGGGUGUUUAGAUCUUUCUCUUGCUUCAUUCAGCCUUGUAGUGCAAAGAAAAUUUGUCCUGGUUUUUCACUUUCUAGUGGCCUUUGUACAUUCUGAAAUUACAGAAAAUCAUUUCAUUGCAAAUGGAAUUUAUUUCCAAGAAAAAAAAGAACAGGCUUUUUUUUUUUUUUUUUUUUUCUUUAGAGAUAAACUACUUUCUAUUAGGAACUUCUAGCAACAAAGAAAUACGUAUCUAUCGUAUCCACCAAAGUCUGCAAUGCCUGCAUUGAAGCUUACUUCUUGUAAGAGGAAAAGAAAGAGAGGGAGAGGGAAAAAAAAAGCCUCCUUUCCUUAAAAAAUGCGUACAAAUGGAAAAAAAAACACAGAAGAAAACUCAUAAAAAUAACUGCUGAAUUGCCUUUGAAAGUAGGGGAUAACAUCUGUUGCAAAACAGAUGAAAAAUUGCUUCUUAAAAUGUGUAUGUUUUGUAUUCUUUUUUUCUAGUAGGAAAAGAACAGACUUGAAAUUUUGGUGUUUUUUCUUAGUGCUGUGUGUUGCUUUUGUGUGUUAUAAUAUUUGAAUGUAAUUACAGCAGUGCCAAUUUGCCAAAGAUGUUGAACAUUAUUUUGGGGAUUUUGUUUUGCAUUUUAUUUUGGGGAGAAAAAUGGGAGGUGGGUUGGGGAGUGGGUGUGCUAAGGUGUGGGUCAUAAGGGAUGGGUCUUUUGAAGUUAUUUUGAAUCUUUUUUUUCCAAUUAUUUUUCUUGUCAAAACUGAAAUUUGUGAUUUUAUUCUAAGUUAAAUGGUUGACUGCAACACGUUUUAUUUUUAGAUUAGUUGAAGAAACAUGCAAUAAGAUUGGCGUAGUUCAAUAUCUGUGUGUCUUUUCAUGAGAGUGACUGUUACUUGUGGACAUUUGAUUUUAUGUAACCUUUAUGUGAGAUAAUUAUUUGUAAAUAUCUACCAUAAUUUUAUUGGUUCCUA